GUUGAUAGGCCAAGCUUGAACUGUUUCAUCCACCAGGGGUGGGGAAAAGCCUGUGACUCGUCAGUGGAGCUCAUUUUCGAAAGCGCCGCCCCGUGCAAACCUCCGAAACAGACAACAAUGCGUGAAUUGGUACAUAUUCAAGGUGGUCAAUGCGGUAACCAGAUCGGUGCCAAGUUUUGGGAAGUCAUCUCCGACGAGCAUGGUGUCGACCCCACCGGCUCCUACCAUGGUGACUCUGACCUGCAAUUGGAACGCAUCAACGUGUACUACAACGAAGCGACUGGCGGUCGUUACGUGCCUCGUGCCAUUUUGAUGGAUUUGGAGCCUGGUACCAUGGAUUCCGUGCGUGCCGGUCCUUACGGUCAGCUCUUCCGUCCCGACAACUUCGUCUUCGGCCAAACCGGUGCCGGUAACAACUGGGCCAAGGGACAUUACACUGAAGGUGCCGAGUUGAUUGACUCCGUGUUGGAUGUCGUCCGCAAGGAAGCCGAAAGCUGCGAUUGCUUGCAGGGCUUCCAAAUCACCCACUCUCUCGGCGGCGGUACUGGCUCCGGCAUGGGAACGCUCUUGAUCUCCAAGAUCCGUGAAGAGUACCCCGAUCGUAUCAUGUGCACGUACUCCGUCUGCCCUUCCCCCAAGGUGUCGGACACCGUCGUCGAACCAUACAACGCCACCUUGUCGGUGCAUCAACUCGUCGAAAACGCCGAUGAAGUAAUGUGUUUGGACAACGAAGCCCUUUACGAUAUUUGCUUCCGCACCCUGAAGCUCACCACCCCCACCUACGGCGAUCUGAACCACUUGGUCUGUGCCGCCAUGUCCGGUAUCACCACCUGCCUUCGUUUCCCUGGUCAGUUGAACUCCGAUCUGCGCAAAUUGGCUGUGAACCUGAUCCCCUUCCCCCGCCUCCACUUCUUCAUGAUCGGGUUCGCACCUUUGACCUCGCGUGGCUCGCAACAAUACCGUGCCUUGACCGUCCCUGAACUGACUCAACAACAGUUCGACGCCAAGAACAUGAUGUGCGCCGCUGACCCUCGUCAUGGCCGCUACUUGACUGCCGCCUGUAUGUUCCGUGGCCGCAUGUCGACCAAGGAAGUUGACGAACAAAUGUUGAACGUGCAAAACAAGAACAGCUCGUACUUCGUGGAAUGGAUCCCCAACAACAUCAAGGCCAGCGUCUGUGACAUCCCCCCCAAGGGCCUAAAGAUGAGUACAACCUUUAUUGGUAACUCGACCGCCAUUCAAGAAAUGUUCAAGCGCGUGUCGGAGCAAUUCACAGCCAUGUUCCGACGAAAGGCUUUCUUGCAUUGGUACACGGGCGAAGGCAUGGAUGAAAUGGAAUUCACCGAAGCCGAAUCGAACAUGAACGACUUGGUGUCGGAAUACCAACAAUACCAAGACGCCACGGCUGAAGAAGAAGGCGAGUUCGACGAAGAUGAAGACAUGGAAGAAAUGAUGUAGAGAAUCGAUGAUGGCGCCCUGCUUUGGUUUCGUAUAUUUACAAGUACAAUAAACAUGGCACGGUGAGCUAUGUUGUGUGCUAGUAGAUUACGAUUCCCUUCAUCAUAGCUCAGUAGUGUAUAUGAUUUAUAUUGCUUAGAUUAGGCAGACCCUAGAGGCUUUGGUGUAUGAAGAAGUAAUUCACCUGUUGGUCUAUUGGUCUAUCGCGU